AUCUCCGUCCCCUAUCUUUGGUCAGUUUCGCAUUGGCCCGCUUUGAGAAAAGGGACAUAGCUGAGGUCAACGAACCCAGUUUCCUCUCAAGUAAGAAGAAUGCAGGACAAAACCCUUCGCCUCAAUGGUUUUGCCUAUCGGAAAGCUGACAACAACAGUUCUCUUUGGAAGUUGAAGGGCAUUAAUCUCAACGGAAAAAGGGGGAAACGUGACGACAAGCUACAAUCUGUAACAGAUUUCAUCCAAGAGAACAGCCGGAAACUAGAAGAAGCAACAUCAGGGCCAGGCGGCGGUUUCGGAAUUGGCUGUGGCGUCGGUGUGGGUCUAGGAGCAAUUGGUGGUCUAGGGUUAGGUGGUUCCGAUUGGAACCAUCUCAAACUCGUUUUCGGAGUGGGUAUGGGUUGUGGUCUUGGUAUCGGCUUCGGGUAUGGCCAAGGAAUUGGUGUUGGUUUUUCUUGGGAAGAAUUUAAGUCUAGAUUUUUUGAAUCCAAAAGGAGUUCCAGAAAGCCCUUUGUAAUUCAAAUCUGAACUCUUCUUUGGCUGUCAUUUCCAAUUUUUUCUAUUUCCAAUAAGCUUCUUCUAUGCAAUUUUGUUGUGGAAAAAGAGAUCUCACUUUCUGCUUCACAAAAAUGUUCUCUAAACUUGAUGUUACAUGUAACACUAUCAUACAAGAUAUCAACUAAAACGCUACAAAAGUUUGAGCAACUUGUACAAUAAGAAAAAAAUUUACAAUUUUUACA